AUGGUCAAAUACUCCUCCGUCAUGUUCGCCGGCCUGGCUGCCGCUCUUCCGCUCAACAUCAACUUGGGGGCAUACUCGCCCGCUUUGGUAGUCGGCAACUUCGGAGGUAAACAGGACGUCUCGCAACUGAUCAACGCACUUGAAGGCGCUGCGGUUAACGCUGCCGCAGGUGCUGCCUCCAACGCCGAUGUGGCUCCCGAGGAAAAGAAGCCAGUUCAAGCUGCCGCCGCUCCCGUCGUCGUCGCUGCUGCUCCCACCGUCCUGCCUUCCUCACCAGUUGUCGUGCCCACGACCCCCGGAGGUGUCAGCCCGGCAGCGGUCGACAACAACAACAACGCUCCCAAGAUUGAUCCCACUCUUGCUCAACAAAUUAAGAAUGUGUUAAAAGCUGAUGAUAAGAACCCUGCUGUAAAGGCCCAGUCCAUCCAGGGCCUCCAAGGCAUGGGCAAGAAGUCGAUCGCCCCUCGGGCUGAGCCGUGCGAUGACAUGGAAGCGGUACCUCUAGACCUAGACAAGGCCAAGAUUAAGAGAGACCUUGCCGGCUUUGACAGGGCGCUCAAGUUCUCUGAGGCGGCCUUGACCAAGGGACCUAAGGUUCAGUUGGGUACUGGUGCUGAAGGCUCGGGGGUGGGCAUUAUUGUGGAUAAUAAUGCUAGUACUCAACCCGCCGCCGCCGAGAAAAAGAAGAAGAAGCGCGCCACCGCCAACGACGAGACCACCACCGCCCCGAGACGCAGGACAACAAAGGUGACGACCAUGUAUGUCCGGAGGGGUAUUCCUGUUUCCCUCCAAGACCGGAACUACCCCGAACUCGCAGCGCGUGAGGUCGUCCAUUCUUACAUCGCCAACGUACCCAUCAAGUUCGCCAAACGCAAUGCUACCACCACCACCACCGGUACGGAAGCGAAGCGGGACACCACUAUUGAUGCUGUCAACUUGAAUGUUGAUACUGGUAAUGAAGGUGUCACGAUGACGUUUGUUGAGUCGUUGGAUCAUGAUGAUGAUGAGGAGGAAUAG